UUUGCUCCUCUGUGUCUGGGGCUCAGUGAGAACUGUGAGAGGCUAUUUAGCUCUGUUACAGCAGUCGGGUAGCAGCUCACCCUCAAGAGUGAGGGGGGACAAAAAAAAGGAAGGAGCAGAGAGGCAGAGUCACGCUCAGCGUAGCCCCAGCCAGGCAGGAACCAGAUCUGCAUUCCAGGACGAGGACGGAAAGAGGGAAAGCUGUGCAUCUGCAGGAAAACCAGCGCAGAGAGUGACAGUGAGAGAUAAGUGAAGGGAAGGUAGCUGAUAGCUGUUGCUGCUGUCACUGCCUCAGUGGGUGACGUGAGCAGUGAGAGCAGGGCAGCAGCAUAGGCAGGACGUGUAGUGAUUUGUGCUGAGGGCGUUCAAGAGGGGGUUACCAUGUUUGACUGUAUGGAAGCUCUGGGAAUGGGCCCCCGUCAGCUGUAUGAUGUCACCAGCCGUGGUGCGUGCAUGCUGCGGAAGGCGAGCCCCUUCUUUGCAGGGCUGGACCCCUUUGCCUGGACGGGCAGUGCCAGUGUUCAGUCGGUGGAAACCCAGAGCACCAGCUCAGAGGAGAUGGUACCCAGUUCUCCGUCUCCCCCUCCUCCGCCUCGAGUCUACAAGCCCUGCUUUGUGUGCCAGGACAAGUCCUCAGGGUAUCACUACGGGGUCAGCUCUUGUGAGGGCUGCAAGGGUUUCUUCCGCCGUAGUAUCCAGAAGAACAUGGUGUACACCUGUCACCGGGAUAAGAACUGCCAGAUUAACAAGGUCACACGCAACCGCUGCCAGUACUGCAGGCUGCAGAAGUGCUUCGAGGUCGGCAUGUCCAAGGAAGCGGUGCGUAAUGACAGAAACAAGAAGAAGAAGGAUGUGAAGGAGGAGGUGGUGCUUCCUGAGAGCUAUGAGCUCAGUGGAGAGCUGGAAGAGUUGGUCAAUAAAGUCAGCAAAGCUCACCAAGAGACCUUUCCGUCCCUUUGCCAGCUGGGAAAAUACACCACAAACUCCAGCUCAGACCACCGUGUUCAGCUGGACCUAGGACUCUGGGAUAAGUUUAGCGAACUUUCCACCAAAUGCAUCAUCAAGAUUGUGGAAUUUGCCAAGCGGCUGCCAGGUUUCACCAGCCUCACCAUUGCUGACCAAAUCACUUUACUGAAGUCAGCGUGCCUGGACAUACUGAUGUUGAGAAUCUGCACACGCUACACCCCAGAGCAGGACACUAUGACCUUCUCCGAUGGCCUGACAUUGAACCGAACUCAGAUGCACAACGCUGGUUUUGGGCCGCUAACAGAUCUGGUCUUUGCCUUUGCUGGUCAGCUUCUACCCCUGGAGAUGGAUGACACAGAAACCGGUCUCCUCAGUGCCAUCUGCCUUAUAUGUGGAGACCGCAUGGAUCUGGAGGAGCCCGAGAAAGUGGAUAAGCUGCAGGAGCCGCUACUUGAAGCUCUUAAAAUCUAUGCCCGUCGUAGACGUCCAAACAAACCUCACAUGUUCCCCCGCAUGCUGAUGAAGAUCACUGACCUCAGAGGGAUCAGCACAAAGGGUGCAGAAAGAGCCAUCACUCUAAAGAUGGAGAUCCCAGGCCCGAUGCCUCCUUUGAUCAGGGAGAUGCUGGAGAACCCAGAGGCCUUUGAGGACCAAACGGAUAGUAACGAGAGUGCGCUGCCCCCGCCUCCGCCGCCACCGCCUCCGCCAGCUGUUGUUGUGAAGCAGGAGGCCGAGGACGAGGACGACAGCUGGGCCACAGAAAAUGGGAGUGAGCCAUCCCCAGAAGAGGAGGACGAAGAUGACGACGACGAGCUGGGCGAUGAAGAACGCGACAGGGCCUCGGACAGUGAUGGGGAGCCCUGGGGGGUGUUGGAUAACUUAGACGGGUCGAGGAAAGGCUUUGCUGGGAGGACACAGUGAACAGAACAUUUCAUGCACAGUCGUACAAGCAUACACACACACAUAGACAAACAGCACAACCUCACACACUUCCACAUCAAAAAAUGCUGGCCUUUCCUCUCUCCCCCUCCCGCUCUUCUAGCUGCACAUCACUGUGUCCCCUUCAGCGGAGCACAGCAGAGCCUUAAGUGUACAGACACCUUCUAACUCAGGCCUCAUGGUCCAUUACUUGUAAACUCCAGAAAGAAAAAGUCAAAAAGAGGUUGCAGGAAACCAUAUGAACUCCUGGCAAAGCCACGAGGGAAGUAAAAGAAACAAAAACAGAACAGAAACUGUUUGAAAAAGCUAAACAGUUCUUUGCUUUUCCCACUAUUGUUGUUGUUGAUAUAUGAAUAGUGGAACGGCCAAACCCGACUCCAGAACUGAGCAGUCGUUUGUGGUUGAUUGCAGCAAGCACAUUACAACAAAAGAACAGGGCAAAACCAAAUAGUGUAUGCUAACCUUUUGUUUGAAUGCUUUUGAAUAUUGAUUUUAGCUUCUUUUUGUUCAUUUUUGAGUUACUGAAUAAGUUCAUACGUAUCUAAAUAAUGUAAUGUUUUGUCUUUGAUGUGUUUAUUCUGAUUUUAUACAUGAUUUAAGGGUCUUCUUUAUCAGCUACGGACGCUUAGCUCGGGCGUCUGUCGGCCCUUCUGCUCAUUGUGGAUCUCUUCGAUAUUCAACCCAGAGAACUAUUACUGUUUUAUGGUGACUUAAUCAGUUUCUGUUAUCAGGGAAUUGGCAUUGUUUCGAUUUUGCUGCCGUUGUAGCCAACAUGUGCUGUCAGUGCAGGAUGUAUCUACGUGCCAAAGUUAGGGAAAGGCAUCAAUGGAGUACGAGUUUGACUCCUGGCAGGGACUCCAACUACAAUCAGGCAAUACUCACACCACAGUGCUCCCACACAUACGCACUAAGAACACACACUCAGUCUCACAGUGUCAGGAUCACACUUACACACACGCUUAACAGCUUCAUUGUCAGAGUUGGCAGAUGUAUCCUCCUGGCCCAGAAUGCCAGGAUGGAAAUUUAGUCCUGACCAUAACUGCAGCGCUUUUUAUGAUCUCAUUCAAAUUUGGCCCGUUUCAUAGGUAGACGGGAUGGAUCAGAUCUUUUAAACUGGGUAGGUUUGUGAUCAGUUAAUAUCUUACCUGUUGAAGAUAGCUUUUUGAACAACAUCAUUUUGUAAAAACAGAUGAGUUCUGAUUUAAUUGAUGUGCUAACGGCUAGUCAAUCAGUCACAGAUUUCCGCUGUUUAAGCAAAAACUGUUCCACAACAUUAACAUGCUGUAAAUUUUACAUAAAUGGCUAUUUCUAUAGAAUUUUAUGGUUCAUUUAUCAUGAAAACAGAAAACGUUUCAGGAUAUUUUUUAAAGUGUACAGGGUUACAAAAUACAACUUGUAUUAAAAAAAAGAGACAUUUUUGAAUCAGUGAUUUCAGGAUUUCUGACACCAGCCCAGAUGUUACCAGCCAUUGGCUCCUCAGUCUGAUCAGAUCUAAUCUCUGUUUCUUCAAACUGAGGUUGUUAAAGGUGUGGAACGCUGAAGAAACAUCUUUAAAUCCUUAUUUCUGAUAAUAAUCGGUCACUCUUAGUUUUUUACACAAGCUGAACAGGAAAAUAGUCUCCUACACCUAUCUCCUGCAUUAGCUUCUGAUGAUGCUAGGACUUGAAAAGCCUGACAGUGCUACGUCACACUGUCACUUAACAUUCAUGGACUCACCUACCUUGACUUGCAAAGGGGAAGGCAGAGAAUGUCUUGGUCAGUAGAAGCUAACUGUUAGCAUUAGCAACUUCACCACAAAGCAGAACUCCUUCAAACAUGUUAAUUGUGGCAAUAAAACAUCAACAUUGCAAGUCAGUCAUGUUGCUGCUAUAUAAUCUGGGGUGAGAUAUCCAUAUAUCAGAAAAUAAGACCACCCCAUGGCUUACAGGGCAUGCAUUCCUACUAUAGACCACUGCAAAUGCAUUGAUUAACUGAGUGUUCCACACCUUUAAAGAACAAAUGACAGACCAAAAUGUACAUUUUUUCCACACACUCAUUUUGAAGGACCUGAAUAGUUCCUUUAAUAAAUCAAGCUUCCCUCUCAGAGCUCAUAUUCCCUUUAGCGUGAGUUAAUGAGAACAUCAUAACAACACACUCCAACGUAAAGCACUCCUCUGUGACGUCCCUAGAUGAAUGCACCAUAGACAAAAACACCCACACGUGAUAGCAUCAACACAAUGAAUAAAGGCAUAUGCAAGCCGUAACAGGAAUCUUUUUCUAUGAAAGACAUUUUGAAUCUGACUCAGGGCUUUUCAGUGAGGACCAAACACUAGCUGCAUUUUAGGCAUGCUAGCAACAGGCAAUAUUUAUGUGUAUUCUUAUCUAUGUAGAUUCUCAAGUCCCUCUGUGUGUACCUAGAAGGCGACAAGUCUGAAACCCAGCAUGGAUGUCCUCUGACUCUGGAGAGGGGGAUGGAGCGUUGUCACCUUCAUCAUCACCUCUGAUCACCAUGCUGACCAACCAUGCAUCAAAUGACGUCCUCUUCCCUAAAGCCAUUUUCUCAUCUUGUCUUCUUUUGUAUAUUCUUGGUUCUUUUUGAGGAAGCAGAGGAAUGUUAUAUGUGUUCUCGUUUAUCACUUCUUUAUUGCCAAAAUGUCACAGUGGGCGAUCAGCUGGGAAAACAUGGCUGAUGCGCAGUACAGAGGUUUAAUUUUUUUCUCUGUUUGAAGCAAUACUCUUUGUAGCAGUGAGGCUUGUCUUCUGAGCGUGGGCAUGUCUUGGUGUGUGUGUGCGCACGCGUGUGUGUGAGUGAACGGUUUUCAAUCAUAGGGUGGAUGUCCUCAGCUUGGUGCUUUCACACAGAGGCUUGUGUGUGAUGACCUCAUCUUUUUUGUGAUGGAAAUGCUGGCAGAAUAUUGAGAUUAUGUUGUUUUAUGUAUUUUCUUUCAUUAUUAUUUUUUCAACAAGGCUAAUGUGUUGCCGACCCUCUGUUUAUGUCAACUCUUGUCAUAAAAAGAAAAGCCAUAUAAACAGUAAGAGGCACAAUAAACUACUUUUGUGAGAGUA